CCGACGACGACUACGCUGCGGCCGAUUGUGUUUACACAAAGGGAACAAUCAUCGACGUGCAAACGUACAUAAGAAAGAGGGAAAAGAAACGAAAGAAAAAAGAUCGCUAUUGUUUCGACCGUCUGCCUAUUCUCGUCGAAAGAAUAAUGAGGAACCGCGCGAUAGCUGACAAUGACACCUGACAAGUAGCACGGGCAGAGUUGUUGGUGGACUCGCGAGGCUAAAAGCCGGUAGUGCUUGCCUGCUCGUCGUCAACGUGCGUUUAACUCAACUCGACUCACACUUGACGCGUAGUCAGUCGUGUUAAAAAAUCGUACAACCGGAAGAAAUGUGCAAGUCGAUGCGUACGUAGUAGACGUGUAACGCGCUAACGAACAAGAAGGAAGAACAAAUCGAAAAAUGGAGUUGCAAAACGGUGUACAACAGUUGGAGAAGAGGAACACUUCGGGAUCGAGCAGGAAAAGGGAGAAAUCGAUAUUUUGGGCGUACGUGCUGUGGACGAUCGGUGGUUUCGUUGGAGCGCAUCACGUGUACCUGGAACGGGACGCGCAGGCUUUCAUAUAUUUCAGUACUCUCGGUGGAUACUUUGGCCUCGGAUGGCUUCGCGACAUCUACAGGAUCCCUUCGUACGUUCACGACGCCAACGAACGUCCGAGCUUUGUGAACGACUUUAAGCGGAAGGUUCGAACCAAUCGUAAGCCGCCGUUCUCGUCGGUGCGAUUCGCCACGGAAAACGCGAUUGCGUACUUUUGGGCCGAGAUAUUCCGCAACGCAAUUCCAGAGGACGAGGUGUUUGGAAUUAAUUUUAGGCACUUGCUAAUCCUGACACCUUUGGUCAUUGCUUUAGGUGUCUGGACGGUCGGGAAUAUUGGCAGAGAACAAGGCUCCAUAUGGAUUGCCCUUUGCUCGGCGUAUUUGCUCUAUCCGACGCUGUUCUACAUCGGCGACGACAGCACGUGGAUAUUUUUGAUGGUGGUCGCUGCCAGCUUAAGCUUCGAUACGUUCAGCAAACAGUGGCGGCUGAAGCCGAGGAAGAAACGUAGCUUCGUACGGAGGAUCUUCUGCCUCGGCUUUGCUGCCGCCAUCUACCUGUCCCUGAUAGGAUCGUACUUGUAUUUCAACGCUGUUAUCACCGACAGCGAGGGCGAGGAGAUUAAAUUGUCCGAGGCUGUUCAACACUUCUUAACGUCUCCCAUAUGGUUGGAUCUGAAGGCAAGUCUCGUGGCAACCUGGAAUCAAGCGAUUCAUCAAGGUUUCUGGGCAACGUGGGCACAACUGAUAGAUCUGACGGAUCCUCGGGGUGAAAUAAACGCCUACAAGGUUUUAGGCCUUUCACAAACGGCCACGCAGACCGAGGUAACGUCCCGUUGGAGAGCUCUUUCGAGGGACAAUCAUCCCGACAAGAUAAAAGGCACCGAGGAAGAAAGGCGACAGGCUCAGGAGACAUUUAUGGAGAUACAGCAGGCGUACGAAAUCCUCUCGAAGGCGAAGAACCGCAGGCAACGUCGAAAUAGAAAGUUCGAGUGAACCUAUUGCCUUUAACUUUUUCCAAGUUAAUUAAAUCUUCCAUCGACUUCUUAUUCUCUAUUCGAAUUAUCGUAACCGUCGACAUUUUGAUGUCUCGACAAUUAAACUGGUUGUAUCUGUACUGAGACAAAGAUCCGCCCCUCCGUUGAUGUUUGUUUUGAGAGAAAUAUAUUUCUUACAGUUGUUCAGCAA